AGAGGGCGGGGAGGUAGAUAAAAGGCAAGACACCGGGUGGUGGGAAGACCCAAGUGUCAACCCUUCACCCAGGCUCGAGCACCCGGGACCCUGAGACCACAGCGCACUUGCUCCCGCUCGACCGCGCUCCUGACCCGCAGCCCUCGCCAACCCUACGGAUUCUAGCCACCGCCAGCCUAGGUGGGCGUCAGGAUGAAGGCAGCCCGCUUCGUGAUGCGCAGCGCCAGCUCGCUGAGCAGCGCCAGCCUGGUCCCCAGGGAGGUCGAGCUGUUCUCCCGCUACAGCCCGUCCCCGCUGUCCAUGAAGCAGCUGCUGGACUUUGGUUCAGAAAAUGCCUGUGAAAGAACUUCUUUUGCUUUUCUGCGGCAAGAAUUGCCUGUCCGCCUAGCCAAUAUCCUAAAGGAGAUUGACAUCCUCCCCGAGCGAUUAGUGAAUACCCCUUCGGUGCAGCUGGUGAAGAGCUGGUACAUCCAGAGCCUGAUGGAUUUGGUGGAGUUCCAUGAGAAGAGCCCAGAAGACCAGAAAGCUCUAUCAGAGUUUGUAGACACGCUGGUCAAAGUUCGAAACAGGCAUCAUAAUGUGGUCCCUACGAUGGCUCAAGGGAUCCUGGAGUAUAAAGACACCUGCACUGUGGACCCCGUCACCAAUCAAAAUCUUCAGUAUUUUUUGGACCGGUUUUAUAUGAACCGCAUUUCUACUCGGAUGCUCAUGAACCAGCACAUCCUCAUAUUCAGUGAUUCAAAGACAGGAAACCCAAGCCACAUUGGAAGUAUCGACCCAAACUGUGAUGUGGUAGCAGUCGUCCAAGAUGCCUUUGAGUGUGCAAAGAUGCUCUGCGACCAGUAUUAUCUAACAUCACCAGAAUUAAACCUCACACAAGUCAAUGGAAAAUUCCCAGGCCAACCAAUCCACAUCGUGUAUGUUCCUUCGCACCUUCACCACAUGCUCUUUGAACUCUUCAAGAAUGCCAUGAGGGCCACAGUUGAGCAUCAAGAAAACCGCCCUUCCCUGACCCCAGUCGAGGCCACUGUCGUCUUGGGAAAAGAAGACCUUACAAUCAAGAUUUCUGACCGAGGAGGCGGUGUUCCUCUAAGGAUUACUGACCGCCUCUUUAGUUACACGUACUCCACUGCUCCAACACCUGUGAUGGACAAUUCCCGGAAUGCCCCUUUGGCUGGGUUUGGUUAUGGCUUGCCAAUUUCUCGUCUCUACGCCAAGUAUUUUCAAGGAGAUCUGAAUCUCUACUCUAUGUCAGGUUAUGGGACAGACGCUAUCAUCUACUUAAAGGCUUUAUCUUCUGAGUCUGUAGAAAAACUCCCGGUCUUUAACAAGUCCGCCUUCAAACAUUAUCAGAUGAGCUCCGAAGCGGAUGACUGGUGUAUCCCAAGCAAGGAACCGAAGAACCUGUCUAAGGAGAAGCUGGCAGUGUGAAGCGGACAAUACCUGGCACUUUACGGGAUCAAAGUGGGUCUGUGGCAUCGCUGCUUCGUGAAUGUGUGUGGACUCUCGUUUCCGCAAAACAACGCGCAAAACAAAACCAAGCAAGCAAAACACAAACGCGAGUACAGACAUUGAUGACGUUGACCCGAGGAGGGACAGAGCUUGGGUGGAUGACCUAGGAGAAGUCAGGGCAGGGCUCCAGGAGAGAUAAAAGGUGUCCUGCUUCUCCUUUGGCAAUGCAGAGUGACUCACGACUAUUCCAAAUACCGAAAAGAAGUCGGCCUCUGAGUUAACAGCUCUCUCUCAACAAGUACAGAGUUUGAGGUUUGCAGUUGCAACAGGUGGAUGUUUGGGGGUUCUUGCUGCCAGCCAAAUAAAUUGGUGUUCAGUGAACCUCAAUUAUCAGUGUUUCCCCGCCAUGCAAAGAUUGGCGCCUUGGGAGAAAUGUGUGUAAAUGUACAUUGUAGAAGUGUUAGUGUGCUCUAUAAAGGACAGAAUGGAAGGAAUCAAAGCAUUGCAUCCAGCUUGUGGCUGAGCAUUGCAGCCUCUGUGCAAACCCAGAAGAAAAGCGUCUCUGUCAAGACAAUGCAGCUUUUUCCAGUUUGCACUCAAAACGCCAGUGCCUUCUGGCUGGUGCCUAGUCUUGGGUGAAAUGUUAAAUGUGCACUGACCUCAGAAAGCUGGGUUCGAAAGGGAGAUAAAUUGCCAAAGUGAUCCAAGGAUUGUGUAUGUGGAGAAACCCAUAUUAGGGAAAGAAAUCUCAUUCUUAGAACUUUACUGCGAAGAAAUGGCGGUAAACUUUCUCUAACUAGAAGUAGUGAAAAGUCCAAGGUCAUCUACUUUCUACUCAAAAAAAAAAUGUGCAUUGUAUAUUUUAACUAUAUUCUCUAUACUCUAACAUUAACAUAUCUGUUCAAAUUUUUCUAGUUGCCAGUUGCUUGAGAGUGUGAAAAUUUAAAUCCUUCUUGGAGUAUCUUUCGUGAGAGUAGUUCGGAAGUAAAAUGUUCUCGUAUCAGGAGGACAUCAUUUGUGAAGCACGGGGAUAUCAAGAGCUAGUUAGUGAUGUGCAUGAGGCUUGGGAGGCUGAAGGUGAAAGCAUUAGCUGGAGGUCAUCCGUGUAGAUCACCCUUAGGAGAGAGAAUUAAAAUCAGGAACAAGGGAAGCAAUGGAGAGAGGGAAGGAAGGAAGGAACCAGAAGGCUGACAUCUUCCCCACACGCUGACCCAAGGAAUCCUCUGUGCCUUUCCUGGCGAGGGAAGAAGAUGAAUUGGUAUCUUUGAAAGCAGUAUGGCUUCUUCAAUGGGUCUCCCUCUUACUAGAUAAGGUGAAAUAAUAAGUGAAUUCCUGUCAAAUGAAUGUGAAAACUUUUGUAAUAUUAUCAGUCCUGUGUGUCAGUUGAGUUUGAAAUUUGUAUUUAAUUUCACAGUGACCUAGAACUGAGGUGCUCCUGGUUGUGGCAACAGGAGCCACAAAUAUUUCUUUUUUUUUUUUUUUUUUUUUUUUUGCAUUGCAUUGCAUUGCAUUGCAGAUGUUAAUCCUUAAAAGUUCUGAGCAGUGAUGACUUUAACAGCAGGACUCUGACUCCCACAUUGGUUGAUCACACAAAACUGUCAGCAUUUGGGUUAUCUGAUGUAUCAUUGUUGUUGUUUGGUUGCUGAUGUUUCCAUUGAAAUUUCAGCUCCGCGUUUGUGCACAUGAACACUUGUGUUUACCAAAGAUCUAAGGCAUUUGGUUAGUUAACCCAAAUAUCCUGAGCUGUGUGUAAAGUAAUAGAGAAAACCUCUAGGAUCUCAAUAGCAUCACCUGUGUAAAUUAAAUCAAAAUAGUCUUCCCUAUUAUUUAUGAACCCCUGGGAGACUUUAAACUCUUGUAGAUAGAUGCUAAAUGCCCGGGCCCACUUAACUUAUUAACGUGUGAAUUACAGUUAUGUUUUUAGUUUCUAUGCAGAGAA